GGAAACACGUGUGUUCAAGGAAAGAGAAACCGAAGUGUAGUUGAGCUCUUGUAUGUUUGAAUCUCUCUGUAUUUCUGCAGUAAAAUGGCAGGAGCCAGAUCUCAGGAUGACUUUUCGUGUCCCUUGUGUCUGGAUCUCCUGAAGGAUCCAGUGACUAUCCAGUGUGGACACAGUUACUGUAUGAGCUGCAUUACAGACUGCUGGAAUACGGAGGAACAGAAGAGAGUCUACAGCUGCCCUCAGUGCAGAAAGACCUUCAGUCCAAGACCUGCUUUAUGUAAGAAUGUGGUGUUUGCUGGAAUGGUGGAGAAACUGAAGAAGAGGAAACGUCCUGCUGACUGUUACGCUGGCGCUGGAGAUGUGCAGUGUGACGUCUGUACUGGAAGAAAACACAAAGCUGCCAAGUCCUGUCUGAUGUGUCUGAACUCUUACUGUCAGAAUCACCUUGAACAACAUGAGAGUUGGUUUAAAGGAAAGAAACACAGUUUGACUGAUGCCACUGGACGACUGCAGGAGAUGAUCUGCAAGAAACAUGAGAAGCCCCUUGAGGUUUUCUGUCGCACUGAUCAGAAAUGUAUAUGUGUGCUGUGCAUGGAUGAACAUAAAAACCAUAACACUUUAUCAGCUGCAGCGCACAGGACAGAAAAACAGAAACAGCUGAAGGAGACACAGAAGACGCUCCAGCAGAGAAUCCAGCAGAGAGAGAAAGAUCUCGAGCAGCUGAGAGAGACUGUGGAGUCUCAUAAGCGCUCUGCACAGACAGCAGUGGAGGACAGUGAGAGGAUCUUUACUGAGCUCAUCCGCUCCAUUGAGAGAAGCCGCUCUGAGCUGAUACGACUGAUCAGAGAUCAGGAAAAGACUGCAGUGAGUCCAGCUGUAGAACGACUGGAGCGACUGGAGCAGGAGAUCAAUGAUCUGAGGAGGAGAGACGCUGAGCUGAAGCAGCUUUCACACACACAGGAUCACAUCCAGUUCCUGCAGAGUUUCCAGUCUCUCUCAGCACCACCUGAAUAUACAUAUGUAUAUAAUGAUCCCUUCAGUUCUGUCAUCUCUAUUGAUGGCCUGAAAGAAUCUGCCCAUCAUCUGAGAAACAAACUGGAGAAUUUCUGCAAAGAGCAGCUCAAGAAGAUCUCCGACAGAGUCGCUUUCACCAACAUUGUUCCCAGAACCAGGAAUGACUUCUUACGAUAUUCCCGUCAGCUCACUCUGGAUCCAAACACAGUGAAUAAAUGCCUCUGUCUGUCUGAGAACAACAGAGUGAUCACUGGCACUCACAUCCUCCAGUCGUAUCCUGAUCAUCCAGACAGAUUUGAUGUGUAUCAUCAGGUGUUGUGUAGAGAGAGUGUGUGGGGACGCUGUUACUGGGAGCUGGAGUGGAGUGGAUGUGUUUAUAUAUCAGUGUCAUAUAAGAGCAUCAUCAGGAAGGGACGGGGUGAUGAGUGUUUGUUUGGAUCUAAUGAUCAGUCCUGGAGUUUGAUCUGCUUUCCUGACAGUUACUCAUUCAAACACAAAAACAUACAGACUGCUCUCCCUGUGAAGCCCAUCAGCAGGAGAAUAGGAGUGUCUGAUGAUGAUGAUGAUGAUGAUGAUGAUGGUGAUGAUGAUGAUGUUGUCAGGAGAAUAGGAGUGUUUGUGGAUCACAGUACAGGAACUCUGUCCUUCUACAGCGUCUCUGACACAACGAGCCUCAUCCACACAGUCCAGACCACAUUCACUCAGACGCUCUAUCCUGGGUUUUUGGUUAAUUAUAAAUCAUCAUUGGAACUGUGUCAGGGUUCAUGACUUUUCUGUGUUUUUUCACUGAAUAUUGUAAUUUGUUUUACCAAUGUUAUCUGUUAAACUCAGGAUCUGGAUUAUGUUAUGGAAACAAUACGUUAUAUUUUUUUUCCUAUUCAUUUGUUGUGUCUCCCACAAUGCGUAAUAACAGUCAAAUGUCAUGAUAUUUUUAUGAUGCGUUCGUGUCCUUUCCAGAGCUUGAAAAAGCUUGAAAGCCUCAGUCUGUCUUCAGUUCCAGUGGAGAAGCUAAAACAAAAACUUCAGACAUAUUUCAAAACAUCCUCUUUUAUACAGUAAAAAAUGUGAAAUGUUUUUACAAUUUAAAAUAAACAAUUUUAAUGUGAAUAUCUGUUAAAUUUUAAUUUAUUUCUGUGAUGCUCCGCUGUAUUUUCAGCAUCAUUCCUCCAGUCUUCAGUGUCACAUGAUCUUCAGAAAUCAGAAUAAUAUGAUGAUUCACUGCUCAAGAAACAUUUCUGAUUAUUAUCAGUGUUGACAGACAUAUGCUACACAUAUUCUGCUGAAAUCAAUAACUAUUUCAGAUAUUCCCACUUCUAAACAUCAUGCAAAAUCAACAUGAGCUCUAAUUGGUCGCUUUGAAGCUCCUCCUGUCUAAUUGGGUGGCUGUUAGAGCUCAUAUUCAGCUCAUUCACACAUUUGAUGAUGUUCACAUUCAUCAGAAUCACAAGUCAUUCAAUCCGAUGAUCUCUACAGUCCGAGUGAUUUGGUUUGAUAUGUUAAUUGGAUUCAUAGCCACUCUGAAGAUGUGCUCGUUUUGGAGCAAACCCAUCCACAUAUUACCCCUCUCUCUUUUAUACUAAAUAUUUGUCUGUUGUUCUGAAAAGAGAAAGCGCUCAGGAGAGAAGCACUCUGAUAGAAAGCACAUCUCCUGAUAAAAAUCUCCAAGCGUGCAGUGUUUGUAUACUGCUGCAUGGCCCGAUGAAGAAUGACAGUGCAGUAAAAGCUCAUGCACACCAAUCUAAAUAUAAACACAUGUAGGGUUCGUGAAAGCAUCAGUGAAUGUUGCAAAUGCACGGCAUCUCGUGUAAUAAAUGUGCAUGUGCAACAAAACAUUUUGAUGCAUUACUGUAUGUACAGUUCAGUGCAGAUUUUGUCUGAAGUCUGAAAUGAUGCAGAAAGUUAUUUUAAAACAACUUACUUUUAGAUUUUCUAACUAGUGCAUGACAUCCAGCCAAGACUUGAUCCUCAGCUUUAAUUCGGAUUCUUAUUCAGUCUGAUGGGUUCAUUUUCUUUUAACUAUUUUUGUAAAUGUAAAUGUAAAUGUAAAGAAUUUGU